AUGGAGGUCCUCCUCCGCCAAUCGAGGGCCAUGUGCCCGUUCCUGAACAAGACGUCACCGGCGACGCUCCGCUCCAUGUCGACGAGCACCACCAUGCAGCACCCAGCCCCAGGCGGCGGCGCCAUGAGCAACUUGCAAAUCAUUGCCCGCCGCUGCCCCGUUAUGGGCAAGGCCUUGACUGUGCAGAGCGCUCGCGGUGGCAACGCCGCUUUGGCUGGGGCUUUUGGUGGAUCUCGAGGAUACACUGCCAAAGUUCCGCGCGCGAACUUGCACACUUCUCGACCAAACGAAGCCCAGGCCGUAGAUGUUCGCCAAGUCCGUCGUGAGCACUUCUCUCCCCCGAACGCCAAACCUGCAAAUGCCACGACUUCGGCCGCGAGCCAGCAUCUCAACACUCCACCACCGCCACCGAAGGCCUCGCAAUUCAACUACGAAGAGUUCUACCAGAAUGAGUUGGACAAGAAGCACAAGGACAAGUCGUACCGCUACUUCAACAACAUCAACAGACUGGCACAGGAGUUCCCGCGAGCACACAUGAGCGAGCGAAACGAGCGCGUUGAUGUGUGGUGCUCCAACGACUACCUCGGCAUGGGCCGCAACCCACAACUCUUGAAGAAGAUGCACGAGACGCUGGAUAUGUACGGAUCAGGAGCUGGUGGCACACGCAACAUCUCCGGACACAACCAACACGCAAUGGGCUUGGAGGCGACUUGUGCGAAGCUUCACGCAAAGGAGGCCGCAUUGGUCUUUUCUUCAUGCUACGUCGCGAACGAUGCGACUCUUGCCACACUGGGCAGCAAGUUCCCCAACUGCGUCAUCCUCAGCGACAGCAUGAACCACGCUUCGAUGAUCCAGGGCAUUCGCCACUCGGGUGCGAAGAAGAUGGUGUUCAAGCAUAAUGACGUUGUGGAUCUGGAGAACAAGUUGGCAUCAUUGCCCGCGGAUGUGCCGAAGAUCAUUGCUUUCGAGAGUGUGUACAGCAUGUGUGGCAGUAUUGGGCCGAUUGAGGAGAUUUGCGACUUGGCUGAGAAGUAUGGCGCAAUCACCUUUUUGGAUGAGGUCCAUGCCGUUGGCAUGUACGGGCCAAACGGUGCUGGUGUGGCCGAGCACUUGGAUUACGAGAACUACGCAAACGGCAGGAAUCCGAAGGGAACUGUCCAGGACCGCAUCGACAUCAUCACUGGAACUCUUGGAAAGGCCUACGGCUGCGUUGGUGGCUACAUCGCUGGAUCGGCGAAGAUGGUUGACACGAUCCGUUCGCUCGCUCCAGGGUUCAUCUUCACGACUUCCUUGCCUCCCGCGACCAUGGCUGGUGCCCAGACCGCCAUUGAGUAUCAGAUGAACUACCAAGGUGAUCGUCGUCUGCAGCAACUUCACACUAGAGCUGUGAAGUCCGUGCUUGCAGAGCGCGAUAUCCCAGUCAUUCCCAACCCAUCCCACAUCAUUCCAGUUCUGGUCGGAAACGCCGAGCUUGCCAAGAAGGCUUCCGAUCUUUUGCUUGAGAAGCACCAAAUCUACGUGCAGGCGAUCAACUACCCAACCGUGCCAGUCGGUCAGGAGCGUCUCCGUAUCACGCCAACUCCUGGCCACGUCAAGGAAUUCCGUGACCACCUCGUUGUAUCUCUCGAGAGUGUCUGGGAUGAGCUUGGCUUGAAGCGCACUUCUGAGUGGGCUGCUGAGGGCGGCUUCAUCGGUGUUGGCGAGAAGGAUGCACCAGCGGUCGAGCCGAUCUGGACUGACGAGCAGCUCGGUCUGACCGAAGUUCGUGAGCAGCUGAAGACUGAGGGUGCACACGGCGUGCUUGAGCGUGUCCUCGACAACGAGCGACAACAGACCAUCGCCGUCGCGGCUGCUGCCUAA